AUGACUGGAGGCAAAUCCGGAGGAAAGGCCAGCGGAGCCAAGAACGCACAAUCCCGAUCAAGCAAAGCUGGUCUCGCAUUCCCAGUCGGUCGUGUGCACCGUCUCCUCAGAAAGGGUAACUAUGCUCAGCGUGUUGGUGCUGGUGCCCCAGUUUACCUCGCUGCUGUUCUCGAGUACCUAGCUGCUGAGAUUCUCGAGUUGGCCGGUAACGCCGCUCGUGAUAACAAGAAGACCCGUAUCAUCCCACGUCAUCUCCAGCUCGCCAUCAGAAACGAUGAGGAAUUGAACAAGCUUCUCGGACACGUCACAAUCGCACAGGGUGGUGUUCUACCAAACAUUCACCAGAACUUAUUGCCAAAGAAGACUGCCAAGGGAGGAAAGGCUGCCGGUAGCCAAGAGCUAUAA